UCUCUCUCUCUCUCUCUUUAACCACCGCCUUCCUCCUUUUCUCGGGGUCGUCGCGCCGCCGCCGCCGCGCUCCUCCCGAUUCUUCCAUUCCACGGUGAUCCCUCGCCUGGUUCUCCUCCAUCCGCGCGAUCCGAUCGCCUCGAACCCAGCGAGCGUCGCCGCCGUUGGUAGCGGGCCGUGCUGCGUCUCCCUGCUGCUGCUGCUGCUGUAACUCCGGCCGGUGGAGACGGUGCCGGCGGCGAGGCGAGGCGAGAGCGCUAACGCCCGUGGCCUGUUCGACGAAAUGCCUACGGGGAAGGAGGGGAUGGAAGAGCCUUUGCCGACCGACGCCGACCACAUUGGGGCUCUCCCGGACACAGUGCUCCACCACGUUCUCUCCUUCCUGCCGUCGCAGGAUGCCGUGAGGACGUGCGUGCUCGCCAAGCGGUGGCUCGACCUCUGGAAGUCUGUCACGGCAUUGCGCAUUGGUGACCGUGACAAGAGGAAGCUGUGGACCGUGAAGGGUCUCCAGGGGUUCGUGGACCAUUUUCUGCUGCUCCGUGAAAGUGUGCCUCUCCACACAUGUGUGCUCAGGUUCAUCGUGUUCAGCGAAGACCUCAACGAGACAUCCCGGCUAAACCUCUGGAUUAAGCAUGCUCUGCUGCGUAUGGUUCAGUUUCUCCAGGUCUCCAUCCGGCAGAAUACAGCCUUCUAUCACCAGAUUAAUCUAGGCAUCCUGCCUUUUGUUUCACGGCACUUGUCGAUGCUUGAGCUUCACGGUGUACGGAUGGUGGGAAGUUUCCUUGAUUUCUCCAGAUGCCCGGCUUUGCAACAUCUAGAAUUUGACCGCUGUGAGUUGCCAUGUGACAAGAUCUUAUCAGAGUCCCUAAAACUUCUGCGCAUCACUCGCUGCAAAUUCAGUCAAACAUCACGGGUUCGUAUUUGUGUCCCAAGUCUUGUUUCACUGCGGCUUGAUGAUUUUUAUCGCCGUACUCCAGUGCUUGAGAGGAUGCCAUCAUUAGUUGAGGCAUUUGUCAGAGUUGUCCACAGGACUUAUGAUUGUUGUGGGUAUGAUUAUAUUAACUCCGGUGAUUGUGGUAAUGAGCACUGUAAGUCAUGUCAUGGCAUCAAGGACGACAACAAUUGUGUUCUUCUGGAUGGUUUAUCAGAAGCUAAGACUUUGGCAUUGAUUGAUGGAACCAUAUCGUUUAUUUUCAAUAGGGAUUUAAAAUGGUGCCCUACAUUUAGCAAGUUAAAGACUUUAUUACUCAAUGAAUACUGGUGUGUGCCUGAUGAGUUUAGUGCACUAGCCUGCAUUCUUGAACAUGCACCAGUUCUAGAGAAUCUCAUUCUUCAGCUCUAUUCCGAGGGUCCUAAGCAUACAAUGAAAAUCAAAGGAAACUGUCAUCCAAUGGAUAGAUCAGCUGCAAUAUCAGGACACCUUGAGACAGUUGAAAUCAGAUGUGAAGUGGUUGAUAAGAGAGUACUCAAAGUUUUGAAGUACCUGUCUACAUUUAACAUACUUUUCAGUUUUGAGCAAGUCAAGAUUUCUGAAGAAGAUGACAGUGAUGACAAUGACCAAGAGGAUGAGGAAGAUGAUGAUGACGACUUUUAUGGAGAGGAGGAGGAAGAGGAAGAAGAGGAUGACGAAGAUGAAGAUGAUUGAUGCACCACCUUUUGAUUAUUCAGAAGGUUGACACCACAAGGAUGAUAACAUGAUGUGUUUUUCUCCGUGAGUAGCCUGAAGGGCAGACUUCUGGAUUCGUAACUGGUUGCUAUUAGGGAUGGCAAUGGUACCUGUUUGUCAGUUUACCCAUAGGUGAAAACUCUAUUGGAGUUAGAUAUGUUCGGAGAAUGCUUUGCAUUUUAGUGCCUAUGGGUUCUUAUUGGAUCAAAAGCUCUGCACGAUGGAUAAACUGGUACGGGACUACCCAUGCCUGGUUCCUCACAGUGCUGCUCGGUCCCCUGACGUCGACGACCUCUUCGUCCGCCCAGAGUUUUUUAUUUAUUGUAAUUAUUAAUCCUUAAACUAAAUAGUUAGCGGCAAUUCCAAAUUACCACUACUUUGAAUCGUUAUUGCAAAACUGCCACUAGAAAAUUAUAAAAAUGCCACUGAAACUGUCAUUCGAGUGGUAUCCUUGCAAAAUUGAAAAAACCAAUGGCAAAUUUGCAAAUUCCCCGAAUA